AUCCUACUUGAGGUACUCCCCGUAUCCAUAUCCAUGUUGCGCACGUCAGCGCCGUUCCCGUUCUCCACUCCACUCCGCUGCACGGCACAGCCUGCUGCAGGUCCCAGGCCGGCGUUGUGAUGGGCUACAUAUCAGGGAACGCCUCCACGCAGGGGAAUCUUUUCGCUACUGCACUGUGCCUGACCGCUAGCCACCCAUCCCCACCCACUGCCUUUCUUUGCCUUCUCCUUCUUGUUUAUUGCAAACCUCCUUUCAACAUCCUCAGUCACGUCGUCCGUCUCGCGCCUGGCCUGCGUUCCUUCUCCGUUUUCCUUCUCCCUCCUUCCCGCCCUCCCUCUCUCCCUCCCUCCCUCCCUCUUACCCCCCUUCUCUGCCUUCGCUGGCCUCACUUUGACCAGGGGAACCUUUCUACAGCGACACAUCUAGAGUGUCGUUCAUAAACAGGUUCCUUUGACGCAGUCUGGGGACUGCCUUGGUUCGGACACCACAACCGAGUCCCACGAUCAUUUACAUCGAAUCGCACCUACAUAUAAUCUUCUGUCAACUGCUGGCCAUUUCUCAGAAAUUUCCCAUCCAUUCAUUGCUUCCGUCCCUGGUGCAGGACGA